AUGGCCAAAGCACAGGCUUCAAAGAAGGAUGGCUCUAACGUGCCACAGAAGCAUCUUUACUCAAGACUAUCUUUCCUACAUCAAGCUGCGACACUGCUCACAAAAGCAGAAGGACAUCCGAGGACUUCUCAUCAUGAGCAGUCGCAUUUGAGUGAUUCCUCCGCAAAAGACACAGGGAGUGCCGAGCAAGGCCUACCAGAAUCAACCAGACUCUUAAGCCAUCUUCGUGGAGUCUCCCGAAAAUCACAGAUCCGUAUCGCUCCAGAGCUGAAACACGCCAUCUGCAAACGCUGUGAUUGUCUCCUCAUUCCUGGAAGGACAAGUACAGAGAUUAUCAAAAACGAUAGCAGGAAUGGAAACAAGACGUGGGCAGAUGUUCUGGAGGUACGAUGCAACAAAUGUGGAACCACCAAGCGCUUCCCAGUCGGAGCAAUACGCCAGAAGGAGAGACCUACAGAGGUUGACUAA